AUGGCCGCCACCGCUGCGUCCGCUAGCCUCAAGGCUUCCACGUUCGUGCAGCCUAAGAUCAAUGCCGCCUCCCUCAAGGCUGCUCCCGUCUCGCAGGCUUUCGGCCUGAAGACUGCCUCCGCCAAGGUGUCGUGCUCCGCGGAGGAGAAUGUGCGCGGCUUCGUGCAGAAGUGCGCUGAUGUCGGCAAGGCCGCUGCUCUUGCCCUCGCCUCCACUGCCCUGGUCGCCUCGUCUGCCCAGGCCGCCGUUCCCAGGCUGACCUUCGACGAGCUCCAGAGCCUGACCUACUCUGAGGUCAAGGGCAGCGGCAUCGCCAACCAGUGCCCCAUUAUCGCUGGCGGUGUUGACGGCUUCGCCUUCAAGUCCGGCAAGUACCAGGUCUCCAAGAUGUGCCUGGAGCCCACUGGCUUCACCGUGAAGGCUGAGUCGCAGUUCAAGGGCCAGGGCGAGGAGUUCCAGAAGACGAAGCUCAUGACCCGCCUCACCUACACUCUGGAUGAGAUCGAGGGUCCCCUCGAGGUGAACGGAAACAACCUCAAGUUCACGGAGGUUGACGGAAUUGACUACGCCGCCGUCACCGUCCAACUUGCGGGUGGCGAGAGGGUUCCGUUCCUGUUCACCAUCAAGGAGCUUGUUGCCUCCGGCCCCGCUGACAGCUUCGGAGGGUCGUUCCUCGUGCCGUCGUACCGUGGUGCUACCUUCCUUGACCCCAAGGGCCGCGGUGGUGCUCAGGGCUACGACACCGCCGUCGCUCUGCCCGCCGGUGGUUUCGGCGAUGAGGACAAGCUGCAGAAGGAGAACCAGAAGAGCUACAAGGCUCUGAGCGGCAACAUCCAGUUCAGCGUCGCCAAGUCAAAUGUUGAGACCGGAGAGAUCGGCGGUGUGUUCUCAAGCGUGCAGCCGUCCGACACAGAUAUGGGUGCCAAGGUGCCCAAGGAGGUGAAGAUUGAGGGCAUCUGGUACGCCCAGCUUGACUAA